CCCUUGGGGAAGGGGCGGGGCUUGUAGUUUGGAGAAAAGAGCGCGAGUACCUUGAAUUUUAUAAAGGAAGGAACUGAACUUGAGACGCUGUGCGUUUGGAGGUUGUGAGCAGGACUUGAAGCCUGUUAUUCACUAAAGAGGGUGUGAACCGGGCCUACGGCUCCUUAUGGCUUGGGAUUUCUAACAGUGGAGGUCCUUAGGCCUGGAACUCUCGAAGGAAAAAGUCUGCAAUUCUGGGAAUGGGAGUAUGCUCUUGGGAGACUUUAAGUUUUAGGGCAGGAAAGGGGGUCUGGUAUCUUCUAGGGGCAGGAAUGGAGAUGGGUGCAGGAGGGUUCAGAGCUGGGAGUCCCCUGGGAGCAGAUUUGUGGGUCAGGGAUGGAGUCUGGGUCGACUGAAGAGCAGAGGUUUGGAGGAACAAAUUUUCACAGGUGGUGAGUCUGGAACCACGAAGGAUAGGACCUUGGAAAGGCCCAAUGUGGAUCUGAGCCGUUCAUAUCAGCCAGACCUGGGGCCUAGUGCAGGAUUGGCAUUCAUUCCCAGAACCUUAAGCGUGGGGGGGGGGCUCACAAGGGAGCUUCUACCCUUUACAGCAGCGAGAGAGCUCAAUUCCGACCAAGUUACCCCAGGGAUGACGCCUGCCAGCAGGAGUCUUGCUUAGGGGUCCUUGCUCCGCCCUCUUAUCCCUACCAAUUGUAAGCACCCCUCAUUUUGGGGCCCCUGCUCCACGAGAAGGUUCACAGAGUCAGUACCUAACUCUUGACUUCCUCCGACCUCCUGGCGUACUCGAGACCGCAGAGCCCCCACCGGCACCUGUCAGUCUAUCCCCUCCCUUGCCACCUCUGGAUUGGCAGCGCGGGGAGCGCUAGCAGUGCAGGGUUCUGAUUGGUGGGAAGUUCGCAGCCCCCGGCGCGGAUUAUGGAGAAAGUGAGUCGGCCUGGGGCGGGGGCGGGGGCGGGGCUGCGAGGAGCCGGACCCGCUGGACAGAUCGCCAGCCAGGACCCUGGACUCCGCGCCGGACAAGAUGCGGAGCCUUGGCCUCAGAGGCCGCCGCCCCCUGCUGCUGGUGCUGCUGCUACCGCUCCUCUCAGCCACCGCCGCCACCGUGGGCCCCAGUCCCAGCCCCAGCCCCAGCCAGGCCGUCCAGGUCCCGUUGGUUUCGAGUCGCCCGGCCGGCGUUGCUGCUUGUCGCUGCUGCCUAGGCCAGACACCCAGGAAGAGCCGCUGCAUCCGAGGGUCCGAAGCUGCCCGCCUGAAAAGUGCAGAGACCUUCAGCGGUGCCUCUCCCCAAUACCUCCCGUGCCAAGUCCCAGCCCAAGCACAAGGAAGAGACAGGUGUCCCUUAACUGGCAGCCACUGACACUGCAGGAGGCCAGAGAUCUGCUGAGCCGACGGCGGCCCCGAGGGCCAGGGAGCCGGGCACUGCAGAAAAGGAGGCCCCCACAGCGCGCCCCUGCCGGCCAGACCCAGGUUUUGUGUCCAUUGAUCUGUCACAACGGCGGCGUAUGCGUGAAGCCUGAUCGCUGCCUCUGUCCCCCGGACUUCGCUGGCAAAUUCUGCCAGUUGCACUCUUCGGGCGCCCGACCCCCGGCCCCAGCCAUGCCAGGCCUCACCCGCUCCGUGUACACCAUGCCACUGGCCAACCAUCGCGACGAUGAACACGGCGUGGCGUCUAUGGUGAGCGUGCAUGUGGAACACCCACAAGAGGCCUCGGUGGUGGUGCACCAGGUGGAGCGUGUGUCUGGGCCGUGGGAAGAGACGGACGCCGAAGCGGUGGCUAGGGCUGAGGCGGUGGCGCGAGCGGAGGCGGCGGCGCCCUACACGGUGUUGGCACAGAGCGCACCACGGGAGGACGGCUACUCCGAUGCUUCAGGCUAUGGUUACUGUUUUCGGGAGCUGCGCGGAAGCGAAUGUGCGUCACCGCUUCCCGGACUUCGGACUCAAGAGGUCUGCUGUCGAGAGACCGGCUUGGCCUGGGGGGUUCAUGACUGUCAGCCUUGCUCAGAGCACCUGGGGAACUCCAACCGAGUUGGUGUUGCAGAUGGGCCUUGUCCAGCCGGCUUCGAGAGGGUUAAUGGGUCCUGCGAAGAUGUGGAUGAGUGCGCCACAGGUGGGCGCUGCCAGCACGGGGAGUGUGCCAACACGCGCGGCGGGUACACGUGUGUGUGCCCCGAUGGCUUUCUGCUCGACUCAUCCCGCAGCAGUUGCAUCUCCCAGCACGUGAUCUCAGAGGCUAAGGGGCCUUGCUUCCGCGUGCUCCGAGAUGGCAGCUGCUCUCUGCCCAUUCUGCGCAACAUCACCAAGCAGAUCUGCUGCUGUAGCCGUGUGGGUAAGGCCUGGGGUCGAGGCUGCCAGCUCUGCCCACCUUUUGGCUCAGAGGGUUUUCGAGAGAUCUGUCCAGCUGGCCCUGGUUACCACUACUCAGCCUCUGACCUCCGCUACAACACCAGACCCUUGGGCCAGGAGCCACCUAGAGUGUCCCUCAGCCAGCCACGUGCCCCACAAGUCACCCUUCGGCCUCCCAUAGGUCCCUCCUCAAUCGUGUGUCAGCGCAAUCCCCAGGUCUGUGGCCCAGGUCGCUGCAUACCACGGCCCAGUGGUUACACUUGCGCGUGUGACUCGGGUUUCCGGCUCAGCCCCCAGGGCACCCGCUGCAUCGACGUAGAUGAAUGUCGCCGCAUACCCCCGCCUUGUGCUCCCGGGCGCUGCGAGAACACGCCAGGCAGUUUUCGCUGCGUGUGCGGCCCGGGCUUCCGAGCCGGCCCGCGGGCUACCGAGUGCCUGGACGUGGAUGAGUGCCAGCGCGUGCCGCCGCCGUGUGACCGCGGGCGCUGCGAGAACACGCCAGGCAGCUUCCUCUGCGUGUGCCCCGCUGGGUACCAGGCAGCACCGCACGGAGCCAGCUGCCAGGAUGUGGACGAAUGCACGCAGAGCCCAGGCCUAUGUGGCCGCGGCGUGUGUGAGAACCUGUCCGGCUCUUUCCGCUGUGUUUGCCCGGCUGGCUUCCGGGGUUCGGCGUGUGAAGAGGAUGUGGAUGAGUGUGCCCAGGAGCCGCCACCCUGUGGGCCAGGCCGCUGUGACAACACGGCUGGCUCCUUUCACUGUGCCUGCCCAGCUGGCUUCCGCUCCAGAGGGCCUGGGGCCCCCUGCCAAGAUGUGGAUGAGUGUGCCCGUAGCCCCUCGCCUUGUGCCUAUGGCCGGUGUGAGAACACAGAGGGCAGCUUCCAGUGUGUCUGCCCCACAGGCUUCCAACCCAACGCUGCUGGCUCUGAGUGCGAGGAUGUGAAUGAAUGUGAGAACCACCUGGCAUGUCCUGGACAGGAGUGUGUGAACUCACCUGGCUCUUUCCAGUGCAGGGCCUGUCCUUCUGGCCACCAUCUGCACCGUGGCAGAUGCACUGAUGUGGACGAAUGCAGUUCAGGCGCCCCCUGCGGUCUCCAUGGUCACUGCACUAACACCGAAGGCUCCUUCCGCUGCAGCUGCGCACCAGGGUACCGGGCGCCAUCGGGUCUGCCCGGGCCCUGUGCAGACGUAAACGAGUGUCUGGAGGGCGACUUCUGCUUCCCCCACGGAGAGUGCCUCAACACCGAUGGUUCCUUUGCCUGUACUUGUGCCCCCGGCUACCGGCCCGGACCCCGCGGAGCGUCUUGUCUCGACGUGGAUGAGUGCAGCGAGGAGGACCUUUGCCAGAGCGGCCUCUGUACCAACACCGACGGCUCCUUCGAGUGCGUCUGUCCUCCGGGACACCGGGCCGGCCCAGACCUCGCCUCCUGCCUUGAUAUUGAUGAAUGUCGUGAGCGGGGCCCCGCCCUGUGCGGGUCUCAGCGCUGUGAGAACUCCCCUGGCUCCUACCGCUGUGUCCGGGACUGCGAUCCGGGCUAUCACGCGGGACCCGAGGGCACCUGUGAUGAUGUGGAUGAAUGCCAAGAAUAUGGCCCUGCAAUUUGUGGAGCUCAGCGCUGUGAGAACACCCCUGGAUCGUACCGCUGUACACCCGCCUGUGACCCCGGCUAUCAGCCCAUGCCAGGGGGUGGAUGCCAGGAUGUGGAUGAGUGCCGGAACCGGUCCUUCUGUGGUGCCCAUGCUGUGUGCCAGAACCUGCCUGGAUCCUUCCAAUGCCUCUGUGACCAGGGCUACGAGGGGGCGCGGGAUGGGCGUCACUGCGUGGAUGUGAAUGAGUGUGAAACACUACAGGGUGUCUGUGGAGCUGCCCUGUGUGAAAAUGUUGAAGGUUCCUUCCUCUGUGUCUGUCCUACCAGCCCUGAGGAGUUUGACCCCAUGACUGGACGCUGUGUUCCCCCACGGACUUCUGCUGGUACAUUUCCAGGUUCACAGCCCCAAGCACCUGCCAGCCCUAACCUGCCACCGGCCAGGCCUCCCCCACCAUCCCCACCCCGCAGACCCAGCACACCCAGGCAGGGUCCUGUGGGCAGUGGGCGCCGGGAGUGUUACUUUGACACAGCAGCCCCAGAUGCAUGUGACAACAUUCUGGCACGGAACGUGACAUGGCAGGAGUGCUGCUGUACUGUGGGUGAGGGCUGGGGCAGCGGCUGCCGCAUCCAGCAGUGCCCAAGCACUGAGACAGCUGAAUAUCAGUCAUUGUGCCCCCAUGGCCGGGGCUACCUGGCACCCAGUGGAGACCUAAGCCUACGGAGAGAUGUGGACGAAUGCCAGCUCUUCCGAGACCAAGUAUGCAAGAGCGGAGUCUGCGUGAACACAGCCCCAGGCUACUCUUGUUACUGCAGCAACGGAUACUACUACCACGCUCAGAGGCUGGAGUGCGUUGAUAAUGACGAAUGCGCCGACGAGGAGCCAGCUUGUGAAGGAGGCCGCUGUGUCAACACGGUGGGCUCUUAUCACUGCACAUGCGAGCCCCCACUUGUGCUGGACGGCUCGCGGCGCCGCUGCGUCUCCAACGAGAGCCAGAGCCUGGAUGACAAUCUGGGAGUAUGCUGGCAGGAAGUGGGGCCUGACCUCGUUUGUAGUCGCCCACGGCUGGACCGGCAGGCCACCUACACAGAGUGCUGUUGUCUCUAUGGAGAAGCCUGGGGCAUGGACUGUGCCCUCUGCCCUGCCCAGGACUCAGAUGACUUUGAGGCCCUGUGCAAUGUGCUGCGUCCCCCUGCAUAUGGCCCCCCUCGGCCAGGUGGCUUUGGGCUGCCCUAUGAGUAUGGCCCAGACAUAGGCCCCCCUUACCAGGGCCUCCCCUAUGGGCCUGAGUUGUACCCACCACCUGUGCUGCCCUAUGACCCCUACCCACCACCCCCUGGACCCUUUGCCCGCCGGGAAGCCCCUUACGGGGCACCACCCUUCGACAUGCCGGACUUUGAGGAUGAUGGUGGCCCCUAUGGUGAAUCUGAGGCUCCUGCGCCACCCAGCCGGGGCAUGGGCUGGCCCUAUCGGUCCCGUGACACCCGCGGCUCCUUCCCAGAGCCUGAGGAGUCCUCUGAAGGUCGAGGCUACACAGACGCCCUGACUGAGCCCUAUGAGGGGCUGGAGGCCGAGGAGUGUGGGAUCCUGGAUGGCUGUGCCCACGGCCGCUGCGUGCGUGUUCCUGAAGGCUUCACCUGCGACUGCUUCGAUGGCUACCGCCUGGACAUAACCCGCAUGGCCUGUGUCGACAUCAACGAGUGCGAUGAGGCAGAGGCAGCCUCCCCACUCUGUGUCAACGCGCGCUGUGUCAACACCGAUGGCUCCUUUCGCUGUAUUUGCCGCCCGGGAUUUGCACCCACACACCAGCCACACCACUGUGCGCCUGCGCGGCCCCGCGCCUGAAUCCUACCCACGCCUGCCCUUGGGACGGUGCCCGGCACACCUGCAGCCUGUUAGUGUGCAUGCGCACCGGGCAUCCGCUGGGAUUGAGAUAAUGGACACAGGAUGAAUAGACUCUAGGAGCGAGGUCUUCACUCUUCCCACCACUCCCAGCCCCUCUUGCCCGUGCCCUGGGCCUGGUCUCUUCCUAGGUUCCCUUCACAUUUCCUUUCUGUUUUAUAAAAUGUUCAAUUAAAAACACCUAUUUUGUACCUUU